GUUGUAUUCCUAAUGAGGCUGGAAUAAGAGUGACAUUCAAACUAAGAACUCAUUUAAAAUUAUGUUUUAUGCUUCAAACACUGUCCAUCAUCGUGUUAGACCAGACGGUGAAAGUAUUCAAGAAAAAUCUGUCUCUGGUGUUCAAAUUAUGAAGUGCUUAAAUAUGUGUAGCACAACUAGUGAUAGAGUUGAUGAAAAUGGCAGUAAUACUCAUGUUGGAUAUCGUUUAAGAACAGAAGAAGCCCAUGAAGCUAUGAAACGAAAUCAAGGUCAAAUGUCUGACUACCUAGGUAGUGGUGCAAGCUCUGUAACAAAAAGUUAUGGAAGAAAGUUCCAGGUUCGCGCUGUCAGAGGAUCAGAGGCACAAGAAGCUGCUAUGAAUAAUAAAGGUUCUGCAGUCCAAGAGUUAUUAACUAAUGAUCACCUUCCUCCAAAUCCUGUUGGAUGUGGAUUUGCGCAUGUUAGUCAAGAAGCUGAAGAAAUAGCAAAUCUAAGUCGUACAGGGAUGAUAUCUGGAUUAUUAGGUGGUCAAUCAGUAUCAAAUAUUCCACUUGUCGGUGUUGAGGCACCUGUAUGUAAACGUGUACAAUACGAGGCGAUUGAAUAUGCUAGUCGUGCACAAGGUGAAGAAAUGAAAAACAUAAUACAACAAAAAAGUUGA